AUGAAUAACUUCGGGGUAAUAGAGGUCGCCAGCACCAGGACGACCCACGCCCCGGGAUGGGCAUACAUCCCAGACCUGACUGCUAGCGCCGCCGCUCUCCAGCAACAACAGCAGCAGCAGCCCACGAGCCGCAAGCGCGCCCGCAACCAGCCCGCGCUCAGCUCCUCGGACGUGUCGGCGCGGCACGACGCCCGCGUGCAGAAGGAGCUCGCGCAGCUCAACCGAGACAACUUCAAGGACGUGAGCAUCGCGGUGCCGCCCAAGACGGCGCGGGCGGCGGCCCAGAGCAAGAGCACGCCCAACGUGCGCAAGAUCCUCGCCUCGCAGAAGACCUUCGCCAACCACCUCGACGACUUCGAGGCCCAGAAGGCGCAGCUCGAGAACAACCCGGCUGCUGCGGCCGCUGCUGCCGCGAACCAGGCCCUCAUUGCCCGCACGCAACAGCAGCUGCUGUCCACCAAGCCGCCGUCGAGCUCGAAGCGAUCCGGCGGGCAUAAGAAGGCCCCGCCGAAGGUCGAGGCAGCCGAGGAUGUCGAGAUGGCCGACGCCGCUGCCCCGAGCGUGCUGCCCACGGAUCCGGAAUCUGCCAUCCUCGCGCCGUACACCAAGCAGCCGCCGGCAGCGCAUCCCGCCGACGCGGAUCCCCUUCUCGAGACCAACUCCUGGGUGCCGCCCUUACCAACGGACGACGAGCUGCGGGAGCUGAUGACCGCCUUGCCGCUCAACUACAACCAGGCGCGAGGCACAUGGGGUCCCGACGACGCACGGUAUCCGCCAAGGCAUUUCUGUGAGCUGUGCGGAUAUUGGGGCCGUGUGCGGUGUAUGAAGUGCGGGACGCGCGUCUGCGCCUUGGAUUGUCUGGAGCUGCACCGCGAGGAGUGCGUUACGCGGUUUGGCUACUGA